AUGGCCUCCGGGACUGGAGGGAGCUGGGGUGAUCGCCCACCGCAGGAUGCAGCCCCGACGCCCUUCUCAUGGACCGUCCCACCGUCGCCCCCGCAGCCGCGCCACGUGAAGGAAGACCUGCUGGAGCUGAUGAUGCUGCAGAACCUGCAGAUGCACCAGCUGCUCCUGAGUCGCCAGGUGGCUGCAGCGCUCAACCCCUGGCCAGUCGGUUCUGGCCCGCAGGUCUACCUGGAGGUUCCGAAAGAGGAGGUUGAGGAAGAGGAGCUGGAAGCCCCAGAGGAAGGGCCUUUGGUGCUCCAUCACCACUACCUGCCCUGGCUGACUCCGGCUCUGGGGCCUUUCCUAUCCCCUCCCCUCCCUCAGCCCCACCUGCAGGACAUGCCCAGGAUUCAGCGGCUCUCUCUGGCCUCCAAGAAAAGGCGGGUGAGAGCUGUGCCCCCACCUCCACCCCCCAGUGCCACGGGGACUGUGGGUGCAGAUGUGCCCCCGGCUUCAGAUUACUAUGAUGCUGAAAGCCUGCUAUGA